AUGGUGGAAAACCACGCUGAUAUCACAGCAAAUUUCUAUUCACAGCCUGAUAACCAUGAAGCCUUAGAAAAUCGAAACUGCCUGUGGGCUUUACAUGCGACUGAUCCUCGCCGGGAUAAAGAUCGGAUCGAGAGAGUCAAGGGUGGAUUAUUUGAAGACGCAUAUAACUGGGUCCUUGAAAAUGCGGAUUUCAAACAAUGGUGCGACAAUGAAGAGAGUCAACUUCUUUGGAUCAAAGGCGACCCCGGGAAAGGCAAAACAAUGCUUCUGUGUGGAAUCAUAAACGAACUGACCAAGUCUGCCCCGUCUCCAAAGACCACUAUUGCCUUCUUCUUCUGCCAGGCAGCAGAUGCUCGUAUAAACCAUGCUACUGCUGUCAUUCGUGGUUUGAUCUUCAUGUUGAUUGAUCAGCACCCUGAUCUUAUCUCUCAUGUGCGGCGCGAGUAUGAUACCGCUGGAGCAAAGGUCUUCGAGGACGUGAAUGCUUGGGAGACACUGUUGGCGAUCUUGACGAAUAUCCUCCGAGAUCGAUCGUUGCCCACGACAUAUUUGAUAAUCGACGCCCUUGACGAAUGCACCACAGGAUUGGACCGUCUUCUUGAUUUCAUAGUGGAAAAUUCACAUUUGUAUCCAUGUGUCAAGUGGCUCGUCUCAAGCCGUAACUGGCCAUCAAUCGAGCAGGUCAUUGAAACAGCGCCCCGAACAGAAAGGCUCUGGCUUGAGCUCAACGAAGCUGCUAUUUCAAAAGCCGUGACUUCCUACAUCCACUACAAGGCUCAGACAUUGCAAACCAAAAAGAAAUACUCCGAUGAUACCCGCGAUGCUGUUUCUCAAUAUCUAUUAGCGAAUGCUCAUGGUACCUUCCUCUGGGUGGCCCUGGUCUGCGAGGAAAUUGCCAAAUUCGAAGUUUCGAGAAGGACCGUUCGUAGGAAGUUGGAAGAGUUUCCUGCUGGUCUUGAUCGGCUCUAUCAACGAAUGUUAGAUCAGAUAGACAAAACUGCGGAUGCUGAGCUCUGCAAGUCCAUACUUGGUCUUAGCACAGUGGUGUAUCGUCCCAUUACAUUGGACGAUCUUGGAUCCUACGUCGACCUUCCCGAAGACAUUGGACUUUCAGACCUUGAAGAAAUAAUAGGUCUUUGCGGCUCUUUCCUCACGCUUCGAGGAUCUACAAUAUUGCUAGUUCAUCAAUCUGCCAAGGAUUUUCUUAGUCGAGAAGCAGUCGAUAAGAUCUUUCCCCGUGGGGAAGAAAUUGUACAUCAUGGCAUUUUUUCAAAAUCGUUGGACGUCAUGAACAGAACGCUUCGGCGUGACAUUUACAAUCUGGUACAUCCUGGAUAUCCCAUCGGCCAAGUUGAGCAACCGGAUCCUGACCCAUUAGCUGCAAUCCGCUAUGCAUGUCUUUAUUGGGUGGAACAUCUCCAAAUGUGCUCUCGCCGGGUCUUCGCAGAUGUGCCCGGUGACUUUGAGGAAGGCGGUCCAGUCGAUACAUUCUUCCGCAACAACUACCUUCAUUGGCUUGAAGCUAUUAGCUUAUUGAGAAGCAUAUCAGAGGGUAUAACUUCAAUGCUAAAACUCGAUGCCUUGAUCAAGGCAAAAUCACGGCACACUGCAUUGGUCGAUAGGGUACAAGAUGCCUGUCGGUUUGUCUUGUACAAUCAAAGCGGGAUCAGAGAUUGGCCACUCCAAGUGUAUGCGGCUGCCUUGAUGUUCAGUCCGGAGAAGAGCAUAACAAGGCUUCAAUAUCAAGCACAGCAACCUUCUUGGAUACUUAAUAAACCGGCCGUGGAAUAUCACUGGAGUCCAUUCUUGCAGGCCCUCGAAGGACACAAUGACCAAGUCUGUUCGGCCUGUUUCUCUCAUGAUUCUAAGCUCAUUGCCUCGUUUGCUUACGAUCAUACUGCUAAGAUAUGGGAUGCUGGUAGUGGAAAAUGUCUAUCUACUUUUCGUGAGGAUAGCGAAGAGUUUUAUUCUGUCGGUUUCUCUCACGAUUUGAAACUGCUGGCCGUGGUCUCAGAGGAUUCUAUCAAAAUUUGGGAAACUAGCAGCGGGCAAUGCGUCAUUAGGCUCGAAGGCCAUCACAUGAUGGGGCGUAAUUGGGGUCAAGCCUUCAUGUGCGUCGCCUUCUUUCCAAACUCCGAUUUUCUUGCAACCGGAUCAAGAACGGGAAUUAUCAAGUUCUGGAAUACUAGCAACGCAAAAUCAUUCAAGAUUCUAGAAGGACACUCCGAUCGUAUUCGGCAACUCACCUUCUCCCGAGAUGGUCAGCUUCUUGCGUCAACUUCAAGCAAUCGAGAAAUCAAGGUAUGGGAUACGAAUAGUGGAAACUGCCUUCAUACCAUCAACAUAUAUGGAGAGAUUUUCUACACGGUCGCCUUGUCCCAUGAUUCCCAACUUCUUGCCACAUCCUUGGACAAGACUACAAAGCUCUGGAAGACUAGUGACUGGAAAUGCCUCAUGAUCCUUGAUGAUCAUGGGCCGUACAUAACUUCAGUCACAUUUUCACAUGAUUCGAAACUUCUCGCCUCGGGCUCGGCAGACCAUAGUAUCAAAAUAUGGGACAUUGACAACGGAACAUGCCUCCAGAUGUUUCAGGGUCAUCAAUCUCCCAUCGAAACGGUUGUCUUCUCACAUGAUUCUCAGUUCCUCGCUUCAGCUUCAGGUGAUCGCACAAUCAGGAUAUGGGAUGCCAAAAGCCGGCAACAACCGCGCCAAUUUGACAGUCAUAGUUGUACAUCCUCAUUGCACUUUUCUCACAAUUCCAGGCUCCUCGCCUCAGUUGCAGAAGAUACCGGCUGGGGCCCGUGCGAAAUCAUGAUAUGGGAUACCCAAAGCGGGCAGCGCCUUCAGACUGCAAAAGGUCCGAGAGGGAAAACAUACACCUUCAUGUUCUCAAAUGAUCUCAAACUUUUUGCAGAACAGUCAAAUGGCAAUGAAGUUCGGGUGUGGGAUAUAAAAAGCGGGACAUGCAUGCAGACAUUCCCCACCGAAUGGGAAGUGAAACAGUUCUUCUUGGAAAAUCCAGAUCUUAAACUAUUCGAUGGUACGGUCGGAUCGACUUCAUUUUCUGCUUACGGGCCCAAUGCACUCACACAUAGUGCUUAUUGCGAUCACCAAGUGUAUGGCAUUAGCAAAGAUUAUACGUGCAUCACCCGGAACUCUGAAUGCCUGUUAUGGCUGCCACCAGAGUACCGAUUAGCUCCUAAGACUGGCGGUGUUUUUUCAGAAUCAACACUUUGUAUCAGUUGUUCUUCAGGGCGAGUGCUCUUCUUCACCUUUGAUUCUGCUCUGCUAUCGGAUACUCUUCCUGCUGUGCAGUCUGUUGAUAUGUACAAGUACCCUGAGGAAUGA